AUGAUCAUGGUCAUGAAUGUGAUGCAGACGCUUUACGAACUAGCGAUGAUCGAAUCCCAGAGCCCCGAUGGAAUUUUCCUGGACUUCACACCGACCGAGUUUUUUCUUCGACCCCGGGGGAGUUCUAAGGCCCACAAAACCGGUUAUCAACAGAGAAGAUGGAAAACUCACAUGUGUGUCGACUGCGAAUCCGAGCCCAAACAUCACAUGGACAAUGACGAACGGUGUAAGGCCAACCACGCCUCUGCCGACAUCGGAAUUGCCAAGGAGGUGCUCAACCUCGCCUCUGCCGACGCUGGAAUCGCCGAGGAGGUUCUCAACCUCGCCUCUGCUUAUGCUGGAACCUGA